UUUAUACAGAAGAACCUGAUUGUACAUAUAAUACUGUUAGUAACUAACAUUUUGUAUUAUUCUUUGUUUACGCGUCGUGGUAUUCAUACCUGUAGCGUUUUGUAAAAUCUAUAAAACUAAUAUGCGUACACAUUACCCGGUACCUUGUAAGAGAUUGCUUUUAGCAAUAAAGCCGCCAUUUCGUAAGCACAGAUUUUACACUUUCUUUUAACGCGCACUAAGUGCUCUCUAUUGUUUUACAGCCUAAUAGUAAAUCAAUAUGUGGCUUUUGAAUUUUGUGGUCAUGGUUAUUGCCUCUACUAUUCUCUGUUUGUCACCCUCAUUCGCUACAGAGGAAUUAGUGGCGCUAAUCAUUGGAGGCACCAAUACAGACAUAGAGCGCUACCCAUACACGGUUCAGAUAUACCGCAACUCUGAUUUCAAAUGCGGCGGCUCUCUUAUAUCACAUCGGCAUGUACUCAGCGCUGCACAUUGCUUUUUCAAGAAUAACGGCAUAAUCAGCCCAGUCCACUUCACCGUACGUGCGGGGACAUCAAAGCUCAAUACAGGUGGCACAGAGGUGGCAGUGUAUCAGAUUAUUGUACCCGACAGGUACAACCCGAAGAUCAGUGAUAACGACCUUGCUGUACUGGUCCUAUGUUCGAAGCUGGCAACGAGCGCCAGUAUUGGUAUUGUCACUAUCCCGCGUCAAGGAUACGAGGUUCCGGACAAUUCAGCCGUCACCUACGUCGGGUGGGGCAGCACUAGUGUACAGAUUUCGCAACCGUCUCAAAUUCUCCAAUCGGUGACAGUGUUCACGGUGAGUCGUCACGUGUGCGCUGAACGGUACGCGCGCCAAGAGGUGUCUUCCGGCCGUGUCAUGGUGGUCACACACAAUAUGAUCUGCGCUGGAUUGCUGGACAUUGGAGGUAAGGAUGCAUGCCAAUGGGACAGCGGUGGACCCCUCCUCUUCAAUAACACAUUGGUAGGAAUCAUCUCUUGGGGCUAUCAGUGCGCGCACUCCAAUUUCCCAGGAGUUGCUACCAGGGUGUCCAGCUUUUAUAGAUGGAUACAUGAGACUAUGGCGAACUACAAUGCUGACGAACUUAUUGGUGUUUGUACCAGUCAAAAGUCUGCCGCCGGCCGUAACCCUAUGAACUGCAGAGGACGUCUUUAUCUAACUUACUUGCUGAUUAUAUACAGUCUUAUAUUUAAAUAACAACUAGCUACCCGUAGAUACAUAUAUUAUACCAGGUCACUCAGAAAGUAUUGCGAGAAAAAGUUUUUAUGUAAGUGAGACUAGCCAGUUAUAAUUUAUUUCAAAAUAUAAUUACUUAUAAGUAAAAAUAGGUAUGUCCUAAAUUCAAAACUUCCCUCCACAUUUUUUUGCGAGCUAAUUAAAAUUACCGUGUCUCAUUAAAAAAUGGAUUUGCGCCGAGAACAUGUUCGUGUCUAUGAUUUUUUACGAUUUUAAGUGUCGCCUGAAUCCGGACGAAUCGUACGAUAGAUUUCAAAUGGCAUUCAUGGAUGAAGGCCCUUCUAAGGCAACCGUGUAUCGUUGGUAUAAUGAAUUUAAGCGUGGUCGACUAACUUUGGGGGAUGAAGAAAGAAAUGGUCGCCCUUUGAUGGCUGUUACGGAAGAAAACGUGCUAGCAGUGAAAAAUUAGAUCCAAGACAAUAGACGAGUUACAUACCAAGAGAUUCAGUAUAUAUUGCAGAUUGGAUCAGGAAGCCUUCACGAGAUUCUACACGUGCAUCUACGGGUGCGGAAGAUAGUUUCACGCUGGGUGCCGCACAACCUCACCGAUGUUCAGAAGCAGGCAAGGGUGGAAUGGUGCCAUGAUAUGAUAGACAAAUUAGAUGCAGGCUCGUCUCGACGUGUUUACGACAUGGUUACAGGUGAUGAAUCCUGGAUUUAUCAAUACGAUUCAGAAACAAAGAGCCAGUCGACGGUUUGGGUGUUUCAAAACAAAUCAACGCCUACCAAAGUAAAGCGAUCUAAAAGCGGAUGUAAUAAAAAUAUAUUUACCUAUAGAACAUUUUUUUAGUGUCGCAAUACUUUCUGAGUGGCCCACGUACAUAUAAACCUUCCACUGGAAUCACUCUGUUUACUGAAAAACUGCAUUACAAUCCGUUGCGUAGUUUAAAAGAUUUAAGCGGAAAAACUAAACAGACAGCGGAAGCGAUGUUAUACUAUAUAAAUAUAUAUAAUAACAAUAGCAAUAAUUUAUAUUUAUUUAUUUCUCCUCACAAACAUGGAUGGCAACAAAUAAAUAUCAGAU